AAGAAUCCGGCCGAACACUCCGGCUAUGUGUCUUCGAGUGACAGUGUCCUCGCGGUUUCUAUGAACUUCAGUUUAGGACCAGCACACAGACGCCGGCGCCAUACUACAAGCUGGAAGGAUGUGAUCACAUCCAAAUUCACUUUACGCGUGUGUUUUGGAGGGGAUAUCAUGAAAGGAACAGUUCUUAUAUGGAAAUUGCUCUGUUUCACCUAUAUCCUUGCCUUAGUUAGACCAGUGCCGGAGAAGAUACCAAUCGGUGCUAUAUUUACUCCAGGCUCCGAAGAAAUGCAAACUGCCUUUAAUUAUGCAAUAUCGUUUCAUAACAAUAACGACACACAGGCUCGAUUCAAAGUGGAACCUGUUGUUGAAGUCUUAGAUAGUGAUGAUUCCUACAAAAUCGGACAAACUCUGUGCUCCCAAAUGGAACGAGGCAUUUUCGCUUUAAUAACACCGACAAGCGACCCAUCAUAUGACACAUUUGCUGCUUAUUCCAAUAUGUUUCAAAUGCCCUUAGUCAGUCCAGCCUUUCCACAGCAAACAAGUUCCGACAGGCCAACACAUUUGGGAGUCAGCCUUAGACCACGUUACCUUCGUGCCAUUGUUGACAUCAUUAACUACUACAACUGGAAAACGAUCAUAUAUUUAUAUGAUUCCGACAACGGACUACUAAAGCUUCAACAGAUAUUCCACUUAACAUCGGACCAAAAUAAGUUUGAAAUGAGAGUUGUUAGACGAAUUAUGAAUUCCACAGAUGCUAAUGAGUUCUUAAAAAAACUCGAGGACCAGGACAGACGUACCAAUAAAUAUGUUAUUCUCGAUUGUGAUUCUGAAGUAGCAAAAGCAAUUGUUACUCAACAUAUUAGAGAUACUUACAUGAAUAGAAGAAAUUACCAUUUCUUAGUGACAGGUUUGAUAAUUGAAGACGACUGGAACUCUGCUUUACUGCCCCAUGGAGCUGUCAAUGCCACUGGAUUCCAAAUGCUUCAGGAGACGCGAACAGACGUCAGAAACUUCUUAGCAGUUUGGAAGGCUUUAGAUCCUUACAGAUGGCCUGGGGGAGGAACUCAACACAUUACGACUGAAGUAGCUCAAAUGUACGAUGCCACUAAAGUGUUACUUGAUGCAUUCAACCGUCUUCUUAAGAAAAAACCUGACAUAUUUCGAAAUAACUUUCGAAGAGGGGAAGUAUACAACAAUGGAACAAAAGGUAUCCAUUGUCAUCAGACACCAGUCAUGCCUUGGGAACAUGGGGAUAGAAUAGCUAGAUUUUUGAAAAAGACUGACUUAGUUGGACUGACGGGAAAUAUUACGUUUGAUGAGUUGGGAUGGAGAAAAAAUUUUACAGUAAAUAUAGUUGAAAUGUCAAUGAACAGUGAGAUGGUGAAGGUUGCACAGUGGUCAGAUUCAGAUGGAUUGCAACAAAUUCCGCCAAAUUACAAAAGAAUACCUAUCAACACCGGACUUGAAAACAAAACGUAUAUAGUCACAAGUAUUUUGGAGGAGCCUUAUUUGAUGUACAAAAAACCUGAAGAAGGUCAGAUACUAGAAGGAAACGAUAUGUUUGAAGGUUAUUGUAAAGAUUUAGCUGACCUUAUUGCAGAUAAUUUAAAAUUUAGCUUCAUAAUCAAACUUGUCAAUGAUUCCGCUUAUGGAGGAAAGGACCCUUCCUCUCCAGGUGGUUGGAAUGGUAUGGUAGGAGAACUAAUACGAAAAGAUGCAGAUAUGGCCAUUGCACCACUAACGAUUACUUCAGCGAGGGAGAACGUCAUUGAUUUUACCAAACCUUUCAUGUCAAUGGGCAUUAGUAUUAUGAUAAAGAAACCCAUGAAUAGAUUGCCGGGAGUAUUUUCCUUCAUGAAUCCGUUGUCGGAAGAAAUCUGGAUGUGCAUCAUCUUUGCUUAUGUUGGAGUAUCUGUUGUAUUGUUCCUUGUUAGCCGUUUUUCCCCUCAUGAAUGGAGAUACGAAGACAACUUCAUGGGACCAUCAGCAUCCAAUGACUUUUCUUUGCACAACAGUCUCUGGUUUUCUUUGGGCGCCUUCAUGCAACAGGGCUGUGACAUUUGCCCCAGGUCAAUUGCAGGUCGUAUCGUCGGAAGUGUCUGGUGGUUUUUCACACUCAUAAUAAUCUCAUCUUAUACUGCUAAUUUGGCAGCGUUCUUGACCGUAGAGAGAAUGGUCACUCCUAUAAAUUCUGCUGAUGAUUUAGCAAAACAAACAGAAGUUGAGUAUGGAACUCUCAUGCACUCUUCAACGCAAGAAUUUUUUCGGCUCCAAAGCGGAAAAAUUCCGGUGUAUGCCCGCAUGUGGGAGUUCAUGAAUUCAAGGAAGCAUGUGUUUGUUCGAAAAUACGAGGAGGGAAUUCAGAGAGUGAGAGAAUCCAAAGGAAAAUAUGCCUUUUUGAUGGAAUCAACUAAAAACGAAUACAUUAAUGAAAGAAAGCCUUGUGAUACGAUGAAGGUUGGAAGAAAUUUGGAUGCGAAAGGAUAUGGAGUUGCAACCCCAAUAGGGUCAAAUCUCAGAGACAGACUAAAUCUAGCCGUUUUGACGAUGCUAGAAAAUGGAGAUCUGGCCCGACUGGAAAACAAAUGGUGGUAUGAUAGAAGUGAAUGCAAAAAUGGAGAAGCUAAGGAAUCGGCUCAAAAUGAAUUAACACUAAGCAACGUUGCUGGAUGUUUCUAUAUUUUGAUUGGUGGUUGCUGUCUAGCUUUGAUGGUAUCAUUUCUGGAAUUUUGUUACAAGUCAAAGGUAGAAGCAACAAGAUCGAAGAUGACGCUGUGUGAAGUAAUGAUCAACAAACUGCACACUUCAGUUACGGGACAGUCUCACGUCAAUCACGCCAGGUUUUACCAACCUGCGACACAAAUGAUCACUGCUGAAGGCCUUUCAGAUCAAGUAUGCUCAAAUACCCACACUCAAGUUUGAAAAAAGUAUAAUAACAAUAUUGAUGUGUACUUUCUAACAUCUCCAAGAGAGUUGUGAAAUCUUGGUCAACAUAUACAGCAUUACUUACGGCCAGAAAUCUGAACGAAAGCAUACAUUAACUUUACAUUUAUCCAUGAGAUAGGUACAUGAGAAAUGCUGCAAGAAAUAUAAAGUCACGAAUAUUAUAAUGCAAAGCUUCCAGAUAAAAUAUAGCUUAUCUGCAAAAGUUUUCUGAUCAAAUAUUUCUUUAUAUAUAUAUUCUUGACAGCAAGAGGAUCUAUUGAAAUGUGUGAUAAAGUUGUAUUUAUUUUUACAUAAAAUUUCAAGGGAAGCAAUCAUUUUAACAUAAAUAUUAAAUGCAUUCAUAUAAAAGUAUAAUUCAAUAUUAAGUAAUUUGUGGAACAUUGAAUUACUUUAUUCCAAGUAGUUACUAAUAUGAUUGGAAUAUUCAUUUGCGAGUAAUAGAAGCUAAAUUUCUUAUGAACUGCUAUCAGCAGAUUAGAGGAAAUGCAGAGCUUUGAAGAGAAUUUGAAAGGAAAGAGAGGAAAGUUACGAACACCUUUAUUAUGAAUUAACAACUAUUCUAAAUUUUCAAAAUAUCCUCGAUUUCUAUAUACCUGUAUUUUCCCAUUAAAAUUCAAAUGGAUAGAGUCAAUGCAUUUAUAAUUUCAUUUAGUCAGAUUAAUGCAGAAUAUUCCUAACUAAAAAGCAAAAAAAAAAAAAAGUUUGAACUGAUGAAGAUGAGCUGUUGUUAUCAGCGAGAGAGGACCAAUACCCUCAUCAUUUUGUUCGUUUUAAAUUUUAGAAAGCUAUUUAUUUAUAAGAGAACCAAUAUCUUACCGUCUUAAUAAAAAUAAUUCUCAAAAAAUCUGUUCAUAUUAAUGCAGUCGGUUACGAAAAUGAAAUAAUUUACUUGAUGUUUACAAAAAGUUUUCAUAAUUAUUUAGUUUUUGGAUACUAAUGCUUAAAAUCACUUAAUCAAUGGUAACAAUUGAUAAUGAAAGCCAUUUGCAGGGGUUUUAAAAGAGUAUGUUAGAUGAAAAAUUAAAAAAAAAAAAAAUGGCGAAAUACAGAAUUCAUGAAAUGUAAGCUAUAAAAUUUUAUUUUGCAAAUAUUAUGUAUGGAAAAAUAUAUUUUUGAGUCUUUGCUAUUUAAAUGAAUAUAGAUCCUUAGGAUACAUUCCACUUAGAAUUAUCAUAAUAAAAGGGCCAAUCCUUUCCAGCUCUAAAUAUUUUAAGAACUGCUGGCUGUGCAUUUAGCUUUCAAAGAAUGUAUAUUUUAAUCAUUGAGCCUUUUCUGUCCUGUUUUUAUACAUUAUUCAAUACUUCUAAUCGAAAGAGGUAAGGUUCCUCUGGAAUAAAGCGGAAAAUCACAGAAGGGGUUCAAUAUUAUGAUUACAAAUAAGUAAAGAGGAAAUCCCUAUUUUCGGGAGUUACGACAAAGGUGGGAGAAAAAGGAGUAUUGGCAUAUUGCGAAGCGAGUUAGGAGAAAGGAAAAUUUUCUUUACUAACGCGCCUGCUAUGAAAACGUGCAUCGGGAAAUAUUGAUCCUAUCAGGAUACGCUUCAAUCAGGCCGUGUUCAGCAUCUAUGAAAGAUUAACUUAUUCAGUUCUUCAACAAAAAUUGUAGAACAAAUUGAACGUAUUCUACUUUCAAUUCAAAUUCCUGAUACCAAAAAUUGAAAUAGUUUAGAAAUUCUGAAAUCUUUGCAUUUCAAAAUAAAAUAAAAAUUCUUUAAAUAAUAUUCAUUACAAUAAAGCUAUCUAGAAUUCCAUGUGAAAUGAUUAAAAAUAGGAUGAUCAUAAACAAUGAAGUUUCAAAUCCUAUUGAGGUUUCUCUUCUGUAAAUGUCACUGGCUUCUUUCUUAGAUCAAUGUAAACAAUCAGCAAGUUUUCGCAAAAGUCUGAUAACUUGAUUAUUCAGAGCAUCCUUUUCAUUUGCGUAUCUUACAUCAUUGAGGAACGAAGGGGAAGGGUAUUUAAUUUAUUUUAAUCAAGAAAACAUGGCCAAGUUUAGUUUUGUCAAACGACUCUCUCAACAUAAAAUCGCUGAGGCACAAUGAUUCGAUUGUCGUCCGUUUUUCUGAGCUCUACCUUCGAUGUACAUUCAGAAGUUCACAUAUUUUUAAUAUACAGGUAGAAAGUAUUCAGUGACAUAAUUAUUCAUUCAAAACAGAAUUAUAAGGAAAAAACUUAAAUAAUGAAUAGUACGAUAAUUUUAAAAUAAAUUUCGAAAGAGCAUAUGGCCAAAUUUGUUUUAUUAAAAUAAUUAUACUGGAUGCUUUAGGGGAUAGAGCGAUUUAAGAUGAGCGAUGUAAGAAUGUAUUAGUUAGAAAAACAUUUUUAUAUAAUAUUAAGAAUUUUACUAAUUAAAAUAAACAAUUGUAAAUCGAAUAGAAAACAUAAGAACAUUAAAAUGUCGGUCACAAAAUUUGCAUCAAAUGUGAAAUAAUACCUUGUAUGAUAUAUUCCUACGAAUUUUCUUAAAUGGAUUUGUGUUUCUAUUGCCAGUGUUGUAAGCACGCUUCCCAUAUCCAACAUGAACUGAUUGAUAAAUUUUAAUGUCAAAUUGAAAAAAGUCUUUCAAAUCAGAAAUGGAAAGCUUACGUUUACUUAGACGAAUAAAGAAGUAAAUUAAGUUUUCCGCUUCUGAUAAUUUUCAAAAUAUAAAUAUUUACGAAAGACUUAAGAAAAAGAUUUUAUUCAGAGAAACCUAUGAAAAAUAUUUUUGAAUCAUCAUUUAAUGGAUAAAAAUUGAAAAUUUCAAAAUUGUUCAUUCCUAUAUAAGGAGUUGCAAUCUCCUUAGAAAUUAUUGUAUACUACAUUUCUAUGCAUACUAUUUAAAUAUAUUAGCAAAACAUUUUAGUGCUAUAUUACAAUAAAUGCAUGUCCUUUGUGAAUCGUGUUCGCUACAUGAAUACUUAAGUAGAAACAUGAAAAAGUAUCAUGCAUGGAAGAUGCAGAAGUUUUUCUCAUGAAUUCCCAUUUUAUACUAAAUAUUGAGGAUGCAUUUAAAGAUAUGCUGACAAUUUUUAUUAUAUUAUAUUGUAUUUUAGCUGAAUAGGAUAUUUUUUACUUACUAUUGUUUUCUCAAUUUAUAUUUUACAGCACGUACACCCUUAAUGCUAAAACACAAGCCUGCAAAAUUGAUAUCAUGAAAAGUUGUCUGAAAUUAUUUUCGAUGCAUUAAAUUUCGUUAAAAGUUAUUUUACAUCGCAAGAAAUAAUGGAAUAUGAGUGCUCCAGGAAAAAGAUUUAUAAAAUGCAUUGCUUCAAGUCUUUUGAUUGCAUAUAAAAUGAAGCUGUUUUACAGUUGGUUUUUACAAUCAAACUUUAUUGGAUGUAUUACAGAGAAUAGAGUUUUACAUGAAAUCUCUUUCACUAGUUUCAAACUUUCGAAAUGUAAAGGCAAUGUUCUGUUUUCAAGCAUCCUUGUGUUAGUCUUUAAAUUGACUACAUGCAAAAUGAGAAUUUAUUAGAAUUAUCAAAUUGCAUCUUACAACAAGCUUUGUAUACAAUAUCUUGAUAUUCAGUAUAUUGAAAGAUAUAUAUGUUUUCAUUUUAUGCUGCUAAUAUUUUACAAAUAUUAAAAGUAACAAAGAUAGUUGAAGUUUUCUUAAAUAAAAUAAGAGCUUUUAAGAAAACUAUUUAUUUUCACUUUUAUGUUGAUAUUAUAAUGUAAAACAAAACAAUUUCGGUAAUAUUUAUGACAAUGUAACCAAAUUACAAAGAUUUGAAACUGAAUCAACAUAUUUGUAAUGGAAUUUUCAAUAAUUUGUCCAGUUCAGCACAUCAAAUCCUAUGAGAUUUGUCUAUUAUUUCUCAGACAGCUUUUCCUGCUCAGGUUUGUGCUACUUAUUGCGCUGAUAAAUAUUCAGUGUACCUGUCAUUUUUGUG